UGAUAGCAACACUUGCCGCGAAUGCGCUUUUACGUGCGCAUGUCGAGAUAUUGUAAUCUUUAUUUUCAUUCCUAGUAUUGAUUUUCUCAUUACUCCUGUUUCGUCGCUGUCGAAGUCCGUUCGUACACGGAUGCGGCGGAGCUCCGUCGUUGAAUUUUAUUUUUUUAGUGCAGUGUUGAACGAAAUCCACUAAAGAUGGGUUCGUUGUUCCGCAGCGAGGAAAUGACUUUAUGUCAGCUUUUCCUGCAAAGUGAAGCGGCAUAUGCAUGCGUGUCUGAGCUUGGAGAACUAGGACUUGUCCAAUUUCGCGACUUGAAUCCAGACGUCAAUGCAUUCCAACGUAAAUUCGUCAAUGAGGUCCGGAGGUGCGAUGAAAUGGAGCGCAAGCUUCGCUACCUCGAGAAGGAAAUUCGCCGCGACGGAAUCCCCAUGUUGGAGAUACCUGGCGAGUGCCCCGAGGCACCACAGCCCCGAGAGAUGAUUGAUCUUGAGGCCACAUUUGAGAAAUUGGAAAACGAGUUGCGCGAAGUGAACCAGAACGCCGAAGCAUUGAAGAGAAACUACCUCGAGCUCACUGAACUCAAACAUAUACUCAGAAAGACACAAGUAUUCUUCGACGAGAUGGCGGACCCUUCGCGCGAGGAGGAGCAAGUGACCCUGCUCGGGGAGGAGGGCCUCAUGGCGGGAGGGCAAGCGCUCAAGUUGGGUUUCGUCGCCGGCGUUAUCCUCAGGGAGCGAAUCCCGGCAUUCGAGAGGAUGCUAUGGAGGGCCUGCAGAGGCAAUGUGUUCUUGAGGCAAGCUGAGAUUGACACACCAUUGGAGGACCCUUCAUCGUCGGACCAAGUAUACAAGUCGGUGUUCAUCAUAUUCUUCCAAGGGGACCAGCUGAAGACGCGCGUCAAAAAGAUAUGCGAAGGCUUCCGCGCCACCCUGUACCCGUGCCCCGAGGCGCCCGCCGACCGCCGGGAAAUGGCGAUGGGCGUUAUGACCAGGAUCGAGGAUUUGAAUACCGUUCUCGGCCAAACCCAAGACCACCGGCAUCGCGUGCUAGUCGCCGCCGCUAAGAACAUAAAGAAUUGGUUCGUCAAAGUGCGCAAGAUUAAGGCGAUCUAUCACACGCUGAACCUGUUCAAUCUGGAUGUGACGCAGAAGUGUUUGAUCGCCGAGUGCUGGGUGCCAGUACUGGACAUGGAGACGAUACAGCUCGCUUUGAGGAGGGGCACGGAACGCAGCGGCAGUUCAGUGCCGCCGAUCCUGAACCGCAUGGAGACGCUGGAGGACCCGCCCACGUACAACCGCACCAACAAGUUCACGGGCGCCUUUCAGAAUUUGAUUAACGCGUACGGUGUCGCCACCUACAGGGAGGUCAAUCCUGCGCCGUACACGAUAAUAACGUUCCCGUUUCUGUUCGCGGUGAUGUUCGGCGACCUCGGGCACGGCGCGCUGAUGGCCGCCUUCGGCUUCUGGAUGUGCUACAAGGAGAAGCCGCUGCAGGCCAAGAAGAUCGACAGCGAGAUAUGGAACAUAUUCUUCGGCGGGCGCUACAUCAUCUUCCUGAUGGGCCUGUUCUCCAUGUACACGGGGCUGAUAUACAACGACAUAUUCAGCAAGAGCCUCAACAUAUUCGGCUCGUCGUGGCGGAACAACUACAACGUGAGCACGCUGCGCGAGAACAGGAUGCUGCAGCUGAACCCGGACUCGGACGACUACAUACAGACGCCCUACCCGUUCGGCAUCGACCCCGUGUGGCAGUUGGCUGAAGCGAACAAAAUUAUUUUCAUGAACGCGUACAAAAUGAAAAUCUCCAUCAUCAUCGGUGUGUUCCACAUGUUGUUUGGUGUCUGUCUGUCACUCUGGAACCACAUCUACUUCAAGCGGCGCAUCAGCAUCUACGUGGAGUUCGUGCCGCAGAUAGUGUUCCUCACGCUGCUGUUCUUCUACAUGGUGCUGCUGAUGUUCAUCAAGUGGACCAGCUACGGGGCCACGCCGGGGCACUUUGGCAGCGAUGACCCAGAGAUCGUGAAGUCGAGCGCGUACUGCGCGCCGUCGAUCCUGAUCACGUUCAUCAACAUGAUGCUGUUCAAGACGGACGCCAACCCGCGGCCGCAGUGCGAGGAGACCAUGUUCGCCGGCCAGCUCGUCUUCCAGAAGUUAUUCGUGAUCGUGGCCCUUUUAUGCGUCCCCGUGUUGUUGUUCGGAAAACCCUAUUUCGUCAUGAAGGAGCAAAAAGAGAGAGCCAGCCAAGGCGCACAGCCCUUAGAAGCGGCGGCCGAGAACGGCAGCGCAGGCGGCGCUCCGGUGCCGGCCUCGCAGCAUCACGAUGAAGACAUCACCGAGGUGUUCAUUCACCAGGCGAUCCACACCAUCGAGUACGUACUCAGCAGCGUGUCGCACACGGCCUCGUACUUGCGGCUGUGGGCGCUGUCGCUCGCGCACGCGCAGCUCGCCGAGGUCGCCUGGAACAUGCUGCUGCGGAAGGGCCUGAUGUCGUUGGGCUACGAGGGCGGCGUGUUCCUGUACGUGGUGUUCGCGGGCUGGGCAGCCAUCUCCAUCUCCAUCCUCGUGCUCAUGGAGGGGCUCUCCGCCUUCCUGCACACGCUGCGUCUGCACUGGGUGGAGUUCCAAAGCAAGUUCUAUGCGGGUGAAGGUUACUUGUUCCAGCCUUUCUCGUUCGAAGUGAUCCUUGACUCGGCCGGACAGACCGAGGAGUAAAUGAAAUGAAUUAGAAGCAUUUCGCAUGUGAAUUAAAUCAACUUUGCCGUAGCAUUUUUCUUUUUUCAUUAUGAUUUUAUAAUUCGGAUGCAUUACAGAAAAACAUCUUACUGUUUUCUUUAAAAAUAUCUUGAUACUUUUUUUUUUAUUGUAUUUUUUCUAAUAUUUUCUCUUAAACUAUACUUUUAUUUAAAAUAUGUUAUGGUAAAGUUGGCUUAAACGUAGGAAUUACUGCUUUAAGGCAUUAGGAAGUUAUUUAUUCCUAUAUAAUAAAUGUUACAUGUUCUUAAAGUGAAUUUUUAUCUGAAUUAUAUGUCUUUCCCUACUUGAACUAGAUUUGAGUCUUCAAAUAAAUAAAUGUUAAAUGUAUUUCAUAUAGGUAUGUCUCUUUCUGUCUUUAGUAAUGCAUGUGUUAGAAAGAGAGAAAUAUAUGUUAUUUCAAAUAGACUCGUACUAUUGCUAGUAGCAAAAAGUAGUUAUUUGUAUCUAUCGUGAGAUUUUACCCAAUGUCUUUAUUUUUAAUCAUUUUUUAUAACAUUUUUAUAAGUGAAAUGUACUUAAAUCUGAUUUUUUUUUAACCCGAGGCUCUCUUACAUAGUUAUAUCAUUCCAGUACAAUUCAGUGAAUAUAUAAUCGAUGUUAAUCAGCUUUUAUUAGGGAAAUGUUGAAUCAGAAAUAAAUAUUAUUUGUAGCUUAAA